AUGGAGAUCCCCGGUUGGAGAACAUUCGGGUGGAAGAAAAGUGGCAUGAAAACGUCUCCGUGUACCGGGCGCGUGGGUGCCUGGAGAGGAAUGUGGAGAGAGCUGUUGCUCAAAGGGAGCAAAGAGGAGCAGCGGGAUUAUGUCUUCUACCUGGCUGUGGGGAACUACCGGCUCAAGGAAUAUGAAAAGGCCCUAAAGUAUGUGCGAGGGCUGCUGCAGACCGAACCCCAGAACAACCAGGCCAAAGAACUGGAGCGGCUCAUCGACAAGGCCAUGAAGAAAGAUGGACUGGUGGGCAUGGCCAUUGUUGGAGGCAUGGCCCUGGGUGUGGCAGGACUGGCUGGACUCAUCGGAUUUGCUGUAUCCAAGUCCAAAUCCUGA